CGUUACUCAAAUCACAAAAAUACUUCACACAGACUCUCUCUCUCUCUCUCUCACCUUACAGAAUAACGGGGAGAGAGAUUUCUCGGUGUGAGAAAAUUCCUUAACCAAAAAAAAAAAAAAAAAGAAUACAAAUGGUGAUUUGAGAUAUUUGUUUUUUUUUAAAAAAAAAAAAUUCAUUUCAUUUCAUCGGAGUCUUUGGCGUUUUCUCCAGUUGAAUUUUCUUUCUUUCGAUUCAGUUUUCUCGAGAAAACGCAAACAUUUUCGGGGAAAACAGAAGAUAGAGAGAGAAUAAAAGAAGCAGAGAUGAGAGGCUUCAAUGGAGAGUCGAGAGCUGCAAACAAUACUUUAGAGACCAUAAACGCUGCUGCUACUGCGAUCGCAUCUGCUGAGAAUCGUGUGCCUCAAGCUACGGUUCAGAAGAGAAGAUGGGGGAGCUGCUGGAGUAUAUAUUUGUGUUUUGGAUAUCAGAAACACAAAAAACAAAUUGGUCAUGCUGUCCUUUUUCCUGAACCAUCAGCUCCUGGAAAUGGUGCUCCUGCUUCUGAAAAUCCAACCCAAGCACCGGUAGUCACACUUCCCUUCGCUGCACCUCCCUCCUCCCCUGCCUCUUUCUUUCAAUCAGAACCUCCUUCUGUUACUCAAUCACCAGCAGGUUUAGUGUCCCUCACCUCUAUUUCUGCCAGCAUGUACUCUCCCAGUGGACCUGCCUCUAUUUUUGCCAUUGGUCCUUAUGCCCAUGAAACCCAGUUAGUCUCACCACCUGUGUUCUCAACUUUUACCACUGAACCAUCAACUGCUCCUUUCACUCCUCCUCCUGAGUCUGUCCACUUGACUACACCUUCCUCGCCUGAGGUUCCUUUUGCUCAAUUCCUUGACCCUAGCCUCCGAAAUGGUGAUACGGGUCUGAGAUUCCCAUUUGAUUUUCAGUCAUAUCAGUUUCAUCCUGGAAGCCCGGUCGGCCAGCUCAUUUCACCUAGCUCUGGCAUUUCAGGUUCAGGCACAUCAUCUCCUUUCCCUGAUGGCGAGUUUGCUGUUGGUGGUGCUCACUUUCCUGAGUUUCGAAUAGGCGAACCGCCAAAGCUCUUGAACCUUGAUAAGCUCUCCACAUGUGAAUGGGGAUCGUAUCAAGGUUCAGGGGCUUUGACUCCAGAAUCUGUGAGGCGCGGAUCGCCCAACUUUCUCCUGCAUCGUCAGUUUUCUGAUGUUCCGUCACGCCCUCGUUCAGGCAAUGGACACAAGAAUGGUCAAGUUGUUAAUCAUAGAGUGUCUUUUGAGUUAACUGCUGAAGAUGCCUCGAGAUGUGUGGAAGAGAAGCCAGCAUUUUCUAUUAAAACUGUGCCAGAAUAUGUGGAAAAUGGCACGCAAGCUAAAGAAGAAAAGAACUCUGGUGAAUCGAUACAAAGCUUUGAGUGUCGUGUUGGUGUAACAUCUAAUGACUCGCCAGAGAUGGCUUCAACAGAUGGAGAGGCGGCACCACAGCAUCGAAAGCAACAGUCCAUCACUCUUGGCUCUGUUAAAGAAUUUAACUUUGACAAUGCUGAUGAAGGAGAUUCACGCAAGCCUAGUAGUUCAAACUGGUGGGCCAAUGGAAGUGUUAUAGGGAAGGAGGGUGAGACCACCAAGAACUGGUCGUUCUUCCCUAUGGUGCAGUCAGGUGUUAGCUAGCUAGUGUCUAAAUAGACCUCUUCUUGGAGCCAUCUAGGAUUUUUGCUGCUAGAAACCGAGCACCACCACUUACUGAAGCCAAUUGCAGUGAAUUUUUCAUCUGCUGCGGGAAGGAAGGUAGACUGACCCUUAAAUGAAGGCUGUUUUUGAGUCCUUCGAGACCUGAAAACAGGGACAGAUGAUAGUUUUGAGUUUUUUUUUUUUUUUUUGGCCUAGCUCUCGCUUGCAUAGUGUAUCACAUAUCUCUCUUCCUUAGGCAGAAAGAUGAACUAACAGUAUCUAUCGAGUUCUUAUAAUCCCCAUUUGUAAUAUAGAUGAUGAAUAGAUAGUUUAAUAAUGCCAAGAUGGAAGGUUUUUGUCCUUUA